AUGGCUCGGCCACCUACCGAGGACUCUAGCCAUGAGCAGAAAAAGACUAAGGUGGAGAUCCAACCAGCGUUGAGCUUCUCAGAUGAGGAUAAGGUUGGAACCAUACAACCACAUGAUGAUGCAAUGGUGGUCACCCUCAGGAUAGGGGGUUAUGAUUCACCUCUGUUGGGCUUUGAUGAGAAGAUUGUUAUUCCAAAGGGUCAGAUUAGACUACUCGCACAGGCAAGCUCAAAGGUAGUGGAGGUGAAUUUUAUUCUGGUGGAUGCUUAUUCUCCCUACAUAGCUAUUGUAGCACGACUUUGGCUUCAUGCCCUGGGGGCUGUUUAUUCCACCCUCCACUUGAAAGUAAAAUAUCCAUCCUGGGAUCAUAUUAAAGAGCUGGUUAGGAGCCAGUUCAUGGCUAGGCAGUGCUUGGUGGCCGCAAUUAUGCAUCAGCCUGAAACCGAGUCCUCGACCACUACUAAUAGGGGUUUAUAA